UUUCGGUUUGCGCCCCUUCUCGCGAGAUUUGGGCGGCUGGCAGACGACAGGCAGGAGAGAGGCACAGCGAAUGAUCUCAUCCUUCCAGCGGCAGCUGCAUAGCGCAAGCGAGGCAAAGCCGCAACUUUUUUUUUUUUUCUUUCCUCUAUCGAACUUCCAAGUUGCCUCUCGGACGGGGUUUGAAGGAGAAAGAAAAAAGAAAGCUGAGUCGACGCGCCACGUUUGAAGGUGAAAAAAGACCAGAUUUUUUUUAUUUAUUUUUUUUUUUAAAGCGAGAGCGAGGAGCAGGACGUGGGAGGUCGCGUGUUGCUGUUUUAAUGUCAAGGACUUGGGGGAUCCCAAUUGAAUAAAAGGAAAGGCUUCGUGUUGUGUUGUGUCCCAAAAGAAGACUGAGAGAGAAAAGCACCCCGGUGGCAGAAAGCAGAAAAGACCAGCGGUCGGAGUAAAAACAGGCUAACGGAAGGCUUCGUCACAGCUGAAAGUGCUAUGCAGCUUGAGUGAGGAAGUGGUGGGCUCGCACCCCGCCCCCCACUUUUUUUUUUUUCCUGCUGACAGUCAACCUGCUCAUGAAGUCGGGGCGCAGCAAUCCCUUCCGGAGGCAGCCAUGAUUACCUGUUGAGUGCCUUCAGCCUUCGGCACUCGCGUCAUGACCAGCCUAAAGCGCCUACCGAUGGAGUGCACCGUCGGUGGCUCGGUCCCCGCCACCGAUGAGUUCUAUCCUCGCCACAUGCGCAUGGUCAAUGGCGGCGUCGUGCCGACCCGCACGGACAAUGUCCACGGCAGCGUGAGCACAGGAGUACCAAAGAUGGGCGUAAGGGCACGUGUGGCCGAUUGGCCUCCGAGGAAGGAUGUUUCGCGGGUUUUGUGGCACUCCAACACCGAGUCUGAAAUCAUGAGUGUCCCUCUGAAAAAUCACAUUAAAUUAGGAUCAAUUAUCAGCCCUCAGGACUCAUCAAUGCUCCGGAAUAUCCACAAUACUUUAAAAAAUCGAACACAGGCCCAGGCUAACAACUACUGCACUGACACUCGCUACCUGUCGCCCGGAAACUACAGAAGUCCGCCACGCCGAAAUCCACAACAGAGGCGAAUCCGUCAGCGCAGCAAUAGUGACAUGACCAUCAGUGAGAUGGAAGCUGGUGGGGAUAGCGGAGAGGAUUGGGGUCCACCAAUGGGCGUCAAAUGCUCCCCUCUUCACCGGGAGUACGGCAGCACAUCUUCCAUAGAACAACAUGGAGCUUCUGGUGAGAGCUUCUUUGAAAUGCUUAAAGGCUACCAAGGGCAUGUUGACCAGCGUAGCCCAGCUCCAGAUCAACUUGAGGACAUCCUGAACGUUCGACCCAAGCACGCCACCCUUGACCUUUCCGAGAACGUCACGGAUGGCCAACCUCCAAAAGCUAAGGACAGGGAGAAACCUCCAAAGAGACGUACAAAAUCAGAGACUGGAGGCGAAUCUAUUUUUCGGAAACUUCGUAAUGUGCGAGGCGAGUCUGACUCGCCGAGAGCCGGGUCGGAUGUAGAGGACACUCGAAUGGAGGAGAUGGGGCCAUUGCUAAAGCUGUGGGUCUGCCCGAAAGGUUUCUCCCACUACGACGUCCAGAGCACGCUGUUUGACCUCAACGAAGUCAUUCAGUUGCGGCAGAACGCGGGCAGAAGGAAGAACAAUACCACCACGGGGGCUUCUGCCGCCGCCGUUGCCUCGGCCACCUCCACCCUUUCGUCCACCCACAGCCUUCAAUACAGCUCUCCUAGUGGUAGCCAGGAGGACCUCAACUUCAGAGAAAGCCCUGGCCUGGACUCUGGGGACGAACAGAGCAACGAGAUGCUGCUCAGCUGCCCCUGCUUCCGAAAUGAGAUCGGCACGGACGCCAAUGCGAGGCACAGACUGGGUGCGAAUGGGACAAGCUUUCACGGACAUGUGGCUGGUGUAGCAGGUAGCUCUGGGAACUUGAACGGAGAAGGAAACUUGUAUGAAAGCUCUGUAAGCACACACUGCACCAAUGCUGGAGUGGCUGUUCUGGAGGGACCGAAAGAGGGCCCGAGCACACUCAGCGAAAAGGCCAAACAGUACAUCGUGGAGCACGUGGACCUUGGUGCUUACUACUACCGAAAGUUCUUCUACUUAAGGGAACACUGGAACUACUUUGGGAUGGAUGAGGCUUUAGGUCCAGUCGCAGUGAGCGUGCGCAGAGAGAAGUUGGAGGAGGACAAGGAGCACGGUCAGCAGUACAACUACCGCCUGAUCUUCAGAACCAGCGAGCUCACAACGCUCAGAGGUUCUAUCUUUGAGGAUGCGGUGCUCUCCACCUCCAAGCACGGCACCGCCCGAGGGCUGCCUAUUAAAGACGUCCUGGAGUAUAUUCUUCCAGAGCUGGAUCUGCCCUGCCUCCGACUGGCCCUCAACACACCCAAAGUCACAGAGCAACUGAUGAAACUGGACGAGCAAGGACUAAGUUUCCAAGUAAAGGUGGGGGUUAUGUACUGCCGGGCUGGCCAGAGCUCUGAGGAGGAGAUGUACAACAAUGAGAUGGCGGGCCCCGCCCUGGAGGAAUUUCUGCAACUGCUGGGAGAGAAGGUUCGCCUCAAGGGCUUCACCAAGUACAGAGCCCAGCUGGAUACCAAAACGGACUCCACAGGCACCCAUUCCCUGUACACAUCCUACAAGGACUACGAGCUCAUGUUCCACGUGUCCACUUUGCUACCUUACACACCCAAUAACAAGCAACAGUUACUGAGAAAGCGCCACAUUGGAAACGACAUCGUGACCAUUGUGUUCCAGGAGCCUGGUGCGCACCCCUUCACCCCAAAGGCCAUUCGCUCUCACUUUCAACAUGUUUUCAUUGUUGUGAGGGUGCAUGAUCCCUGCUCAGACAACACUUGCUACAGCGUGGCAGUUAGCCGCUCCCAGGACGUCCCCCCCUUUGGUCCUCCCGUCCCCAAGGGCGUGACCUUCCCAAAGUCCUCCGUCUUCAGGGACUUCCUGCUGGCAAAAGUCAUCAACGCUGAAAACGCAGCCCACAAGUCGGACAAGUUUGGCGCCAUGGCGACUCGCACUCGGCAGGAGUACCUGAGGGACUUGGCGGAACGUCACGUGACCAACACGCCAGUGGAGCCCACCGGGAAGUUCCCCUUCAUUUCCCUGGCACAUAAACGGCGGGAGAAAGUGCGGCCGUACAGCGGGGCGGAGCUCCGGAGUCUAGGCGCCAUCACCUGGCAGGUCCACGCCGAAGACCAGGUGGCGGGCGCCGAGCGGGAAUGCUUGUUGGCCAUUUCAAACGACUUCGUAAUCCUACUGGACCAGGAAGCCAAAGCGGUUGUGUUUAACUGCGCCACGCGUGACGUGAUUGGUUGGUCAACCGGGAGUCCCGCCUCCUUGAAGAUCUUCUACGAGCGUGGUGAAAGCGUGUCACUUCGCUCCAUCAAUAACAACACCGAAGACUUCGGGGAGGUGGUCAAGAGACUAGAGCUGUUGACCAAGGGCAGCCAGACCGCAGAGAUGACGCUGCGUCGAAACGCCCUGGGCCAGCUGGGCUUUCACGUCAACUUCGAGGGCAUCGUGGCCGAGGUGGAGCCCUACGGCUACGCCUGGCAGGCCGGGCUGAGGCAGGGCAGCCGACUGGUGGAGAUCUGCAAGGUCGCCGUGGCGUCGCUGUCGCACGAGCAGAUGAUCGACCUGCUCCGGACGUCCGUCACCGUCAAAGUGGUCAUCAUUCCUCCUCACGAAGACUCGACGCCGCGCAGAGGCUGCUCCGAAAUCUAUCACAUGCCGUUAGUGGACUACAAAAACCACAAGGAGGGAAUGCCCUACGAGUUGAAGUUCCCCUUCCGCCCGAGCACCAACAGCAACACCAAGUGGCCGAGAACAUCCUCCAGCCCUCAGACGCGGGCCGCCGGCUCGGUCGGAGCGCUCAUCAAAGCUCCUCCGCCGGACUUUGGCACCUCCGCCGCCAUGCCGCGCAGUGUGUCCAGCGACGGACGGCCCGGGGUUCCCAAAAGGUAUUCACCCGGGAAUGAAAACUACGCUCUAGCAUGUUCCAUUGUGAUGGGCCGGACGGUUCACAACACAAACGCCCCCCCCAGCGUUCCCUACACUGACAACAUGAGUUCCAACCACUGGAGGCAGAGGUCCAUGCCUGAGGGGUUUAAUAACAACAACUGCCAGUCCCCCGUGUCUUCUGCACGACUGUUGCCAGGUGACAGUGCGAGCGCCAUCAAAAUCAGCUCUGGCACAGGAGCUGCUUGGUCCCGAAAUGGCGAGGGUGAGGCACCAUGUAGACAGGCGGAAAAAACAGCUCAAGAAACUUCCAAGGCGGUCAUUCCUCGAAUCCAGCCACCGGAGCAGAGUGGGCACGUUUCACCAAACAAAGGUGCUAAGGUGGACGCUCCGUAUUCCUCCAGCCAGUCCAGCAGCAACACACUGUCGAGCAAUGCGUCAAGCUCCGCUCACAGCGACGAGAAGUGGUACGAAGUGGGCUCGCGUUCGGGAGUGCGCGGUGAUCUGGAGCUCGGCGGCUACCUCCAGGGCGCGUCCACCGACAGCGGCAUCGACGCUACAUCCUUCACCGCCACGCAGAGCAGCACGGGCUCCUCCAACGCCGCCUUCAGGGCCACGGACGCUGUCGCGUGGCAGGACGAGGCGGCGGGCGGGCAGAGGGGGACCGACUCUUCGCCGCCCUCUCCGGACUCCCUCGGGCCCGCUGGAGGGGGAGCCGCGAACCCGUUGAAGAGCCCGUCGGCCUUUCCUGAUUCCUCUUCCCAUUCCAGCGCACUGAGUUCUGGCCCAUCCGCGAACCAGGAGGAGGCGACAACUGACACGUCACCCGCCUCCCAGAAUUCCCCGGGGCCCAAGACCUUCUACCCGAGGCAGGGGGCCACCUCCAAGUUCUUGAUCGGCUGGAAAAAACCCGGAGGGACCGUCAACUCGAUCGACUUCGGAAGCACUCGGAAACGGCACCAGAGCGACGGUCUGUUGGUCAGUCAGCCGCAGCUCAGAGCCAAUCUCCGAGGCUCGCAGUCGCCCCAGCGACACACCGCCAAGUCCAGCCUGGAAGAGGACUUGAAGAAACUCAUCAUGCUCGACAGCCCUCCUCCCACCACCAGUGAAGAAAAGCCGUUCCCUGCGGUGACGCCGACCCGCCGCUCCCUCCAGAGGACGCUGUCGGAUGAGAGCAUCUACAGCGGGCAGAGGGGGUCCAUCUCCAGCGACAAACGCGACACCCCCACCGACCUCCUGUUCAGCUGCUCAACCGUGCCACGCUCGCCCACCGCUCGCAACGCGGCCAGCCGCCGAACUUCGCACAAAUCCCUGGGGAACCUUUCUACUCCCGAAAGCACCGAGUUGGAGCAAGAGAGGGCCAAGCAGCAAGUGCAGGACCCUGCCCUAAUGCCCCUCCCUGACAGCAGGACAGACGGCCCACUGGACUGGGCCCACUUGGUAGAUGCCGCCAAGGCAUUUGAGGAGCAGAGGCUGGUCUACCUGGCCGCCCAGGAGGAGAACUCCGUGGCUGAGAGCCCAGCAGGUGUCAGCCCCCAGCAGGCUGAGCCUCAGGCGGCGCCACUCAGGCAGCCCUCGCCCGGCGAGACACCUGCCUGUUUAAUGGGGAAAGUCAACCAACUGGAGUCGAUGGUGAAGGCGCUGCAGGAAGACCUGAAAAGGGAGAAAGAUGCCAAGGCAUCCUUGCAAAUUCAGGUCCAGGGCUUGCGCGAAGACAACCAGCGCCUCCUGGAGGAGUCGUAUAGCGCUUCGGCAAAGCUCAAGAAGUUCACCGAGUGGGUCUUCAACACCAUCGACAUGAAUUGACGGCGACCAAGCAGCCACAAAGGAACAGAACCACUAAAACUCUUGCUUUACGCACGUCAUUUUCUCCCUUCAAGGGGGACCCACUCAUGCUCUUAAAAAGCGACGGACGCGUUCUUUGUGUUCAUGUCAAACGGGAUCUUCCACGUUGGGAAUCGGUCGGCGGAACGACCAUCCACGCAUGCCCUCGUUUCCUACAGAAUUGACUGAUGGUGCUGGCUCGUCCAUGUCCCCUGCAUGUCAGAGAAGAGAACCAAUUCAAACGACUGACCCAAUUAAAAAAUGGCUCAUAUUCCUCUGAGAAGCUUCAACUCUGUCUAAUUGGCAUUUUGUAGAGGACAAAACGCUAACACUGAAUAUUUUAUUGGACUGCCAAAAAGAGAAUAUGUGUAUAUAUAUAUGAUAAAUUGUAGUAUCCUCUUGUUGUAGCAUUGUGAGUAAACAAUCGGACGGCCUUUGCAUAGCACAUACUGUAAACACUGUAAAGUCAGGCGUCUCUCAUGUGUCAAAGAUUGUACAAGCUGCAAGUGUACAGUGUACAACUACAACUGCAGGCGAAAACUGUUUAUCUUUUGUAUACCAAAAAAAUGGCCCAGACUGUGGUUGUCGGUAAAAUGGUUUUGACUGCUCAUUUAUUCCACCGUCUUGUAAAUAUAGGAUUUAUUUUCUCACCCCCUCACCCAUGCCCUCCUCGAUCAGAUAUUUAAAGAGUAUUUAUGAAUAUGACGAUGUCACAGAAGAGAAAAGCAGCCGUGCGCAGGUAUGCCACUCAGAUGCUUGGAAAGUAUUGGAUUUCAUCAGAAGAAAAAUGUGUACAUAUAUAAAUGUAUAUAUCUAUAUACAUAUAUAUAUUAUGUGUGAGAAUUCACUAGAAAUUUGUGCUGAUUUAAAUUGGCCUGAAGCACACGUGAACUUUUAAAACGGUAUAUGAAAAUUAUAUUUACAGGUGGAUCUCAAUAAAUUAGAAUACUGUAGAAAAAUGUUGAAAUGAAAUAUCUCUACUUCAUUUCGAAAGGUGGAACUUGUUAACACCAUGAGAAAAUGAAAUAUUAAAAUAUAUAUAUAAUAUAAAAAUAAAAUAUUAUAUAUAAAAUAAAUUAUAUAUAUAUAUAUAUAUAUAUAUAUAUAUAUAUGCCUAAUGACAUUACAAGAUUCACUAUCAGAUUUUAAUAUUACACAAGAAAAGUUUGUUUUUUAAGAAUUUAGGUUGAAAAUGGCCAUCUGUUGUUUUAUGUUAGACGUUUCUAUUGAGUAUUAUAUGAAGUAAUACAAGUUUCACUUUUUCAAUUAAACUAGUGAAAUAAAUAUUAAUAAUGAAUACCUUUCCUAUGAUCCUAAUUUAUUGAGAUUCGCUGUGUAUAUCACUUAACUUUAAAAUAGUAUCACUAAAGUAAAUAUUUUUUUUAAAUCUAUAUUUACUUUUUUCUUAGUUUUUUUUAAAUCAACUCUAUUACAAUAGAUGAAAUAUAUUUAUACAAUACGUCAAAGAUUAUGCUUCAAAAUGUUUUGCUGAUAUUUCUUAAAUUUCCCCAUUUACAAUUUCACUCAAGCUUGCCAAGUUUCAAUGUCAGUUGAAUUCCCCUCUCGAUAUUAAUAAUUAAUAAGAUGAAUGCAUUAUUUCAAGUAAACACAUAAAUGCAAGAAUUUUUCUGCAGCAGGAGACGUCCUUGUAGCAGGAGCAGUCCUGUACACGGAACCAACCACAGCAUGCCAAAAGCCACCCCAACGUGAUCCUCCCAUUUUUAAUAUAUUUAUGGUCAAAUAUUGUGAGAUUGCAGCCAUUGGUGCUUUUCCGUGUGAUUCUCACCGUAACCCCCAAAAUAUUACUAUUAUGAUAUUGAAACGUUUUCCCUCUUCACGUGGCUCCUGUAAGAGCGCGCAGCCAAUUAGAAACAUUGAUCUAUUUUGUGAUUUUUGUCAACAAUUUUGACUGCAAAUGAGAGCAUAAAAAGCAUAAGAGGUAAACGGAACAAGUCUGAGGCCCCUUUGUGAACUUUCACCCUGAACGCGUGUGACGCCAUGUGACUCUCUUCCCAUUCAUCUGUGAUGUGUAUAAAAUGUUUAUAUCAAUUAAAAAUAUUUUGUUCAAUGAUGAUCC